AUGCCUCCACAAAAAGCCUCAUCCACAAGCAGUGGUAGUAGUGGUUCAUCUUCUUCUGCAUCAGGAAGUGGUAAUAAUGCAUCAAUUUCUCAACAUAUUAAAAAGUUUUAUGGAUUGUUAUGUGAUGGUGGAUUAAAUCUUCCACCAUUUAAUGAAAUACAAUUUGGUAAAAUUACUAUCGGAUCAAAAAAGAAAUCAAGUUUUAGUUCAAUUUCUUCAUUUCAAGUUAAAGAUGCCAUGUUAUUAAGAAGACAUAUUGAAAAGGAAGUUGCAAGAAGAACAAAAACAGAUAUUGAAAACUUUUGUUUUGCUUUAAAAUCAAUGAUCGAAGAUGAAUACUUUUUCUGUCUUUGUCUUGUUCCAUUAGAAAGUACAAAUGAAGGAAAUUAUGAAGAGGAAUUAUAUGAACAAUGGGAUAAAAAUAUACCAAAAUUAAUAAUAUCACAAAUGCGUUGGUUAGAUUUGAUUGUAGAUUCUAAAAAGUUAACAGAACAUUUAAAUACACUAUUACAAAUAUCAUCUAUUGAAUUUACAAAAGAAUUAAUAUCAGCAAUACCUGAAAUUAUUGAUGAUUCAGAACAUGAUAAUAUUGUUGAAAAAUUAGAUCAAGUAAUGCAAGAUAAAUCUGAAAUGACAACAUGUGUCAUUGAUGCCUUAUCAAAUUUAAAUUUAAAAAAGGAAAUUUUAAAUGAAACUAUUGAUAGAGUUUUAAGAAAUUUAAAUUCUGCUUCUCUAUCUGAUUUACCUGUCAUUAUCAGAUUUUUAUUACAAUCAACAAAUGAUGAUAAUAUUAAAUCUGUUGUACAGGGUAUUAGAAAGGAUUUGGAUAUUUCAUCACUUGGUGGAAAUAAUGAAAAUGAUGAAAAUGAUUUACAUGACAAUGAUGAUGAUAAUGAGAAUGAUAACAAUACUUCAUUAAUAUUAAGUGGUAAUAAUAGUACUUUUAAAGGUAAAGGUAAAACAACAACAAUGAUUGAUGAACAAGAUGAAGAAUUCUAUUCAACACAACAACAAAAAAGGAAAGGUAAACAAUUUAUAGAUAGUAAUAAUUCAUCAUCCUCAUCAUCAUCAUCACUACAAUGUGAAUCACUUCUAGUGAGUGCCAUAUCAACUGGUAUUAGACAUCGUAAAAUAAUUGAAAAUGUUAAAAAUGAUUAUAAUAGACAAAAAAUAAUUCAAUCACUAAUAACACAUGUUGGAAGUAAUUCUAAAAUUGAAAAAGAUUCAUCACUCGAUGUUUUAUUAUCAAUUUCAUAUACAAAAUUAUCAAUUUUAAGAAAUUAUUCAAGUUUUUUUCAAGUUUUAAUUGAUUCUUUAACAAAUUUAACAGAUCAACAAUUGAGAAAAGUUUAUAAAUUAUUUUCAAUUCUAUCAUUUACAAAAACAUUGAAUCAUUCAAAUAAUAAUAAUACAAGAACAAGAGAUGAAUUAAUGAUCAUUAUUAGAAAACAAUUAAGUAAUACUAAUUUUAAUUUUAAAAAAAUGGGUAUUAUUGGUUCAUGUACUAUUUUAUCUAUUAUUGGUAGUAAUUUUAAUCAAUUUAAUAAUUUAAAUAAUUUAAAUACAAGUAAUAUUAGUAAUAAUAGUAAUAAUAACAAGACAAAUAAUUUAUUAAAUAAUUAUAAUCAACAAAAUUUAAAUAAUGAAGAAUAUGAACAAUGUACUAAUACUACUAUAAUUGCAAAUACUACCACUACAACAACAACAACAAUGGCAACAACAACUAAUACAGAUAGUAAAAAGAAAAAGAAGAAGAAAUCAGAUGAAGAUGAUCAAGAUGAUAAUGAUGAAGAACAAGAUGAAGAUGAACAAGAAAAUGAAACUACUACUACUAGUUCAAAAUCAUCAAGUGAAUAUAUUAGUUUACCAUCUAAGAGAAAAUAUUUAUCAAAUUUAAAAAUUCAUUACAGAGAAUUAGAUUUAUCUGUUAUUAAUAUUAUUAAAUAUAAUAAUAAUGCAACAACAAGUAAUAACGAUGAUAAUAACGAUGAUAAUAAUACUGAUAAUAAUAAUUCUUCAUUACAACCUGUACAAUUAUUUUAUAUUAUUGAAGAUUUACAAAGUAAAUUAAAAUCAGUUAUUGCUAGAAGUAAAACAACAUUCUUUACAAGUAAAGAAAAGGAAAAUCAUUAUAAUUUAAAUAGAAUUAAUACCAAUGAUUUUUAUGAAAUAGCUAAUAGACAAGUUCAAACUAUUUGUAUUGAUAGAAAAUUAUCUUUAAAUAAGAGUUUAGCUAAAAUUAUUCCAAAAAUUAAAAAGGAUUUGGAAUCUUGUAAUUUAAAAACCAAAGUCAUUUUAAAACAAAAUGGUGUUGAAAAUGCAAUUACCAUUUCUGUUAUUACUGAUAGAGAUGUUACUGGAAAGGAGGCUUCAUCUCAACAUUUUUAUUCACAAUUAAUUGAUUCAUCAUCAUCAGAUAAGAAAAAGAGAAAGAGAACACCUGGAGAUGAUGAGAAUGAUGAGAAUGAUGAAAAUGAAGAGGAAGUACAACAUGAUGAUAAUGAGGAAGAGGAUGAACCUAAAAAGAAAAAGAAAAAAUCUGAAAAGAAAAAGAAAAAGAAGAAGAAAUCAGAGGAAAAUGAAGAUAAUGAAGAAGAGGAAGAACCAAAGAAGAAGAAAAAGAAGAAAAAGAAAAAAUCAGAUCAAGAUGACCAAGAUGAUGAUGAUGGUGAAGAAAAGAAAAAGAAAAAGAAGAAGAAAAAGAAAUCAGAUGAAAAUGAAGAAGAGGAAGAAACUGAAAAGAAAAAGAAGAAAAAGAAAGAUAAAACUGAAUCAUCCAAAAAGAAGAAAAAACCAAUUGUCUUAAUGGAGGAUGAUAAUGAUCCAAUUGAACAAGUAUUUGAGGAAAGUUUGGCAGCUGAAAGUCCAAAAGAAACCAUGUUAGAUGAAGAUGAUGAUAUUUUCAAUCAACAUGAAUCACUUGAAGAUUUUAUUGUUAUAAGAAAAUCCAAUCAAGAAGAUGAUAUUUCAAAUUAUGAUAUUACUAAAUCAUUACCUAAUGAGGAAGAUUUUAUGGAUGAUGAAGCAGAGGAAGUAGAAGAGGAUGAAAUUGAAGAACAAGAGGAAGAGGAUGAUGAUGAUGAAUAA